ACGAACGGCCACUGCUGAAUUCAGCGCUGUUCAUUCGUUUAUCCCAUGGUUUAUCCCUCUUUCCCACAGGCGUCCACCAGCAUCAUGGCUCAUCUCGGAAGAUUUCUUUCAUUCGCAGUUUUAUUUGGCUUCGUGACGGCAGGGUUGCAUAAAAGAACAGCCCCUCUGUUCUUGGAGAAGUGGGAUGCGCUGAAUGUGAUUUCCCGGCAGAAGAGAAGCAACGCCGGUGACGAAGAGACCAAACUCCCCGCCAGCCUCGAGAGGGAGUGUCUAGAGGAGGUCUGCGAUUACGAGGAGGCCAGAGAAGUCUUCCAGGACAACUAUCGCACGGAUAUCUUCUGGUCGGUCUACAUCGAUGGUGACCAGUGUGCGGACCAUCCGUGCAAAAACGGAGCCAUGUGUUCAGAUAGUGUGGGCGGUUAUGACUGCAUCUGCAAAUCAGGCUUUGCAGGAAUCCACUGCGAGACCGAUAAGACGCUGUGUGUGAUAGACAAGAGCAAAGGCUGCAGUCAGUUCUGCAAGCCGGGCUAUCAGUCGUACGAGUGCUCGUGUGCUUACGGCUGGAGACUCAAGCAGAAGGAGAAGUGCGAGCCGGCGGUGUUGUUCCCGUGUGGGAAGUUGAGCAGCUCGAGCCAGUGGGACCGACGUCAGUCCGCCAACAUAAAGUCAGAGUAUGAAGGACUCGCAUGCAGCCCGGAGGAGUGUCCCUGGCAGGCGAUGCUGCGUCAGGGGUCGAGUGGUUUCUGCAGCGGGGUCGUGUUCAGGGAGAAUCUGGUCCUCACCUCAGCCCAGUGUGUGAGAAAGUACAGUGAUUUCCAGGUGUCCGUGGGAAAGCGCCUGAGCUCGUUUGAAGCCGGAGAGCAGACUCUCCACGUGAAGCAGGUGCACAUCCACCCGCUGUACAUCGAGGGCCGGCCGGAGAACGACCUGGCCGUGUUGGAGCUGAGGGAGAGGAUCGUCUUCAAGAAGCUGGUUCUCCCAGCGUGCCUCCCGGAGCGGGACUUCUCCGACAGCGUGCUCACGGCCGGAGACCUCAUGGGGGUCGUCACCGGCUGGAAGGACGUCUCCGGGGACACCGGCUUCGAGGGGAACCUCUGGCUGAACCACCUGUCCUACGACAAGCUGCCGGUCUGCUCCCAGCGCCACUCCGGACAGGUCACCAAUAAGAUGGCCUGCACGCUGCCUCGGUCUAAAGCGGAUUGUGUGUUUGGAUCCGGCAGUCCUGUGGUCACGCUGUACCGGGAGGUGUUCUUCCUCACCGGCAUCAUCACCCAGCCCUCGGGAGCCGACUGCAAGAGCGGAUACGUCCUGCAGAAAGUGUCCCGCUACCUGCCAUGGCUCAACUCCUUCAUGACGGCCUAACCAGAGAGAAACCACGCUUCACCCGGGUUCAUAUUACCAGUGUUCACACUUACAGACGUAACGGUAGCACUUUAUUUUACAGUGUCCGUGUUACAUAUGUAGUACUUAUCAUAGUAAUAACAGUAAAUUAUGCAUAAUUACAUGCAUCCUAAUCCUAACUAGUAAGUACAUGUUAAUUAAUAUUACUCAGUUCUUCACCCUCAUCCUUCCCUUGCGUCCUGUAACGCAUCUUUCACUCGCGGGUCAAAAUGACCCGAAGCCCUACUUUUUUCUUUUUCUUUUUUUUUUGUCUAGAAAGCUUAUUUUAUUUCAUUUUGAUAAUAUUUUUUCUAUGUUAUUAUGCAAUUUUUUGGGAGAAUUUUUAUUUUAUUUACCUUUAAAUUACUAGAUUUGAUAAAUAA